CUCACAUAAGCCUAUUGCCGUCAAACGCAUGGACGAUCGGGUUGAGUAUUGUGGGCUUUAAUUUUAAAGAUGCCGUUUCAGAAAACCAUGGACCUAUUACAACAUGAGAAAACUUACCUUGAUGCUUUCCUGAGCUACUACUUAAAGGUUUGGAUUGUAAUUAUCGUUCAGUCCAAUGAGGGCGUUUCUGCGAAAUGAUAACAGCCAAUCACAGAUAGUUCCCAUAUGCAUCCUGGGCAAUCCUCUCUCUCGCUCGCUCUUUCUAUCUAUCAAAAAUACUUUUACUGCAACAUGAUCAUAGAUAAAUGUCAUCACCGUUACUUCAGUGAGUCUGGUCGAACCGUCAAACAUACAUAGAACUGUGUAUACUUGGCUUACCUAUCUUAUAGUGCAAACAGCUUGAAAUAGCGCACUAAAUAAAUAAAAAAUAUGAUUUUUUUCAAUGAUGCCGUCAUGUUCUCCACUCGUUUCUUCAUCUUGAUACUCCUCUUACCCUUUGGGUGUUCAUUGAAGGCCUCAGCUCAUAACAACAUGAUAAAUGUCAACCAUUUCCUAUCAGACUGCCUUUUGGAAACCUGCAAAUAUACAAUGUGUGCAAAGAAUGGAGAUCGUUUAACUGAUCCGAGUAUGAGAAUGAAUGUUUGCGUAAGGCGAGGUUCGGUCGUCCCAAGGACUCAUUCUUCUAACGUUACGUCCUUGCCAUUAAGCUCGACAAUAUAUCCAGUAGCGACUAUGACGCCAGCUCUGCCUCUGCUGACAACUUCAAAAACAGAACAUACAGUAACAUCAGAUCCGACGAUACCAAACAAGCCAUAUACUGACUUGGAAACCAUGGACAUGGACACGAAUUCGGCAGUAAAUAUUUUUACUUCUUCAACACCUCUGCCAACAGAGUAUCCACCAGCGAGUGAUUUCCAAACAACAAAGAAACUUACAACCACUCCACCUGCAACAAGUUCACCCAACGCAUCCAUAAGUACAUCUUCAACAACCAAGGUGACACCUACAGAACAUGCUCCAGAUGUGGUUACAACAUUAGUUCAAACUACGGACACAGAAGCAACCAACGAACCUACCACUGCAAACCCUACAUCUGAACCUACCGCAAGGACAUCAUCAAUGAGCAAGGCAACUACGAAUUAUCUGCCAACUGCACGCCAACCUACGACUAGAGAGGUUACAACAUCUCCAGGCACAACAAAGGGAUCUGUUACAGAAUCAGUUGGCACAACUGAGACAAUGACCAAAUCAAGCACAUCGGCAACCACAAACGCAGCAGAAACAGUUGAUCCGUCAGUUCCUUCGCUAAAGAUUUUAGCCGUUGAUCACUGCUCCAAUUCAAUUCAGAUAUCAGACCUCCCUACAAUCGCUUUUCAAGCACUCAACCUCCUUAUUGAUAACAAACUCCAGUCUGUCACUUACGAUUCGGUUGACAAGGAGGUAUUUUGGUUAGACAUCCUGCUAGAAGCUGGAGCACUGGGAAUCAGUCAGGUCUGCGGAUCAAAACUCGAUGGGACAUCCAGGAGGUGUAAGAACAUAGACGAUUAUUGUCAAGGGCCUCGGAAAAUAGCUAUCGACGAGACUGAUCGCAAACUCUACAUUGCUUGCUCGUCUAACUCACGAAUUGUAAUGACCAACCUGGUGUUGACAGAUUACAGCUUGCAAAUCCUUGUCGAUACUGUACCUGUCAAUGUGCAGUUCAUUGCAACCAUCCCAGGAGCGGUGGUCUAUGCUACAGUACAAGAGAUACAAAAAUUAACGACCACUUCCAGCAGAAGUGUGCUGACUCAAGAGUCUCACGCGAUACAAGGCUUGACCGUUGAUCGUGCACAAAAUAAGAUUCAUUUUGCUGUCGGAACGAUAACCGCUGCUACAGACUGGUACAAGAUGAACUUUGACGGCACCGAAAGAGUGUCACACGCCACAAGGGUAAAUUCACCAAGUGACUUGGAGUGGUUCGACAAUCAUUUCUACACGGUUGAAAAUGGGAAUAUCUACACCGUCGAUAAUCAUGGUUCCGUGACUAAUUGGAAUUGGAAUAGUAAUGAAAUAUGCAUCACGGACAUUAUAAUAGCAGUUAUUUAGCCCAGUCAGCGAGAUAUUACCUUUACGGGCCUAAGGUAUGUUUCCUAAAGCUUUUUGUUAAGUGACUGACGACUUAAUGGAAAUGACAUUUGCAUGUUUUAACAUUAAAGUGCAAAAUAUGUUUUGUUGCCAUAUGAAGUUAAUUGAAUAAAGGCCAAUAUGACAUUGCAGCUUUUUAACAAUAUCGGCUAAAGAAAUGUUUGUGUCUGGAUCAUUACCCAUGAUGCAACAGUCAAAUAAUAUGUAGUCUUAUAAUACAAGCCCCCAGGCGCGGAUCCAGGGGGCAUGUGCCCCCCCCCCCCUUUUGAGAAACAGAAUUAAAAAUUUGUAAUGUAAAAAUGCCAUGAAAACAGAGGUGUGCCCCCAUUCUUUAAACUGAAGACCUUUUUUUUUUUGCUUUUCAUUUUUUUUUUCGGCUACGAAAUACCCUUAAUUUGUGGUUGAAAUGAAACCUUUUUUUUUCUUUCUUUUUUUGCUUGUCAAAUUUGCCCCCCCCCCUUUUUGGAAAAUCCUGGAUCCGCCCCUGCAAGCCCCGGACAAGCCCAUUACCAUGAUCAGAAUGGCAAUCACUAUUUCAGUACCGGAACUUUCACCAAGAAACAAAGUCUUUACUUUGUGGAUGUACGCAUUCCUGCUCUGUUUCAUUUAUCAAUAAUUUUCUUAAUCAAAAUUUGUGAUUUUUAAUUUUAAAGGUAUAUGUAUCACAACUAUCGUCAAGUAUCCCAUGGAAGAAUCCCCACUGUACAAUGGCAUUUCAUAUUCCAGUUGUUCAUUAAGUCGUGUGUAACAUUUCAAAGAGCUUUAUGAACCCCCCCUCCGACACAAUAUGCUGUCUACACAUGCUGAAACAUAGAUACCCCAGACGAUAUGAGGCUAAACCCACUCAAACAACAAAUUAGAUUGAACAAAAUAUAGAAAAAAUAGAAAAGGAUACCACUAACAGCUUCAUCAAAAUUGGAUGUAAAACAAGAAAGUUAUGGUACUUUAAAGUUUUAGCUGAUUAAAAAUAUCCUGGUCAGCCUAAAUUUGGAAGUCCAUGACUUUACUCACCAUUUCUUUUUUAUCAUAUUAAACAUAAACAACUCUGAAAUGUUGAUUUGAUAGUAAAGAGGACCUCUACCAUUAAAAUUAACUAUAAUGAUGAUUCUAAAUAUUUCAUGAUGAACCAAACAAAGUUUUACAUUACUAAACAAACACUUAAAUAUUUGAAAUUUCAUAUUAAAAAUUGCAAAAAAAAUCACUGUUAGUAAUAUGCUUGUUUAACUUUUCACUAUUCAUCCAAAUAAACUUGUUGAUUUCAUAUCAAAAAUUGCAAAAAAAAAGUUAGUGAAACCCCACC